GCGAUGAGUCACAGCGGCGGCCGGCGCGGUGGUAGCGGAGGGGCAUGACUGGUACCCAGGUCUCGGUACAUUGAUUAAUUGUGCAGUGAAUGCAAAAUGGCGACUGACAGCAUUGACCUAACCGAUGAAGCUGUGAAGGGCAGCUUUGCCAAGUUGCUGGAUGGAUAUAAAAGUAAGGUGGUGGAACGUGCCAAUCCAAAGCUGAUCAAAAAGAAGAUGACAAAUCCCAAGCUGACUCCAUCGGCAUUCAUGAGGGAGAUGUCUCUCGAUACCAAACAGAAGUUAGCGGCCACUCGUGAGAUGCAUAUUCCUCCCAUUGUUGAACUUCUUGAUAUGACUAACUCCACACUGCAGAAGUAUUCCUCCCUGGACACUGACCAACCAUUAUUUCAGCCAUUCCCUUCAGAAAUUACCUUUCAGAACUAUAAACCGUGUGAAGUCUAUGAGGUACCACUGAGUCUACGCAACCAUGACCAGGUUCCACGAAUGGUUAAAGUUAUUCAGGAAGAUUCUCCAUAUUUCAGAAUCGUCUAUCCUAGUGAUGUCUCUUGUAAAGUGGCACCAGGCAUGGCCACCACGUUCAAAAUCAUUUUCACACCCGAGGAAAACAAGGAUUAUAUCCAUGAGUUGGUCUGUAUAACAGAGAGAGAGAAGUUUCUGGUGCCCGUAAAAGCUAUUGGGGCACGUGCUGUGUUGGAUUUUCCUGACCAGAUCAACUUUUCAGUGUGUCCUGUCAAAUACAACACUCAGAAAACUCUACUGGUUCGGAACGUUGGAAACAGAGAAGCUAAGUUCAUCCUGCAGACCAAAACGCCAUUCCAUGUGGUACCCAUUCAUGGAAAAUUGGAUGCUGGGGAGAGUGUGCAAGUGACAGUAGAAUUUAUCCCUCAGUCUACUGGCAAUCACAGUGAGGAUCUGAUGAUACAUUUGGAUACAGGAGAGGACAUCUUUGUCAAUUUAUAUGGAGCUGCAGAGGAUGUAAAUGUAAGACUAGACAAAAGCUCAGUAAUGAUCGAGAAGACCUACAUAACAUUGGCCAACCAGAGAGUGGUAUCCAUUUGCAACAGAAGCAACAUAAUAGUACACUUCCAGUGGAAAGCUUUUGCAACCCCAGAGGAGGAGCAGCAGCAGAAACUUAGAUUCUUUUCAGAUCUGAUAAGUGAAGAAGAGGAAGUGACAGACUACUUUUUGCAGGAAUGUGCUGAAGACCCUGCUCUACAUGAAAGUAUUUCUAUCCUGUCCCGUACAUUUCUGAAUCGUCGCCGAAUGGUGCAGGAUGACAAGAUGCUGCUAUCUGAUGAUACCUUGUUCAUCGAGCCAGUGGAGGGAGACGUCUGGCCCAAUUCCACUACUGAAAUAAGUAUAAUUUGCAGACCUCAACAAGCAAAGGUUUUUCAGUGGACAGUCUACUGUGAUGUCACAGGUCGGGAGACUCGCUUACCUCUCCGUAUCAAGGCUGAAGGCAUAGGCCCCAAGCUGCUUCUGAAUUUUGACCAGAUUGACAUGGGAUUUAUCAUUAUAAACUCCAAGCACAUGUAUGAGAUGUUGAUGAUGAACAAAGGUGCUAUCCAUGCUGCAUACAGCCUGAUGCCUGCAUUCACUCCGAUUGGCUCCUGCUUCAGCAUUAACCCAAGUUCAGGGUCGCUGUUGCCUGGUGAUUACCAAGUACUGGAUGUGACUUUCAAAUCCAACAUCCUUGGGGAAUUUCAAGAAGAUUUAAUGUUUUCUGUGGAAGGGUGUCCACAACCAAUCAGUGUGACUUUUAAGGGAUGUGUCAUUGGACCAACAUUUAAUUUCAACGUGCCUUCACUGAACUUUGGGGAGAUUUCCUAUGGUUUUCCCAGCACCAUAUCAUGUCGUCUUAUUAACACUUCCAUUGUUGCGAUGACAUUUAAUUUGUGGGUCGCUGGUGACGGAACUGCAGAAGUCACUCCAGCAAGUGAUAAUUACAGCUUAGAUGGCAGAAGGGUGCUUUCUUGGACAAACAUCGGGUAUGGAGUAAAACCCAAAGAGUUCACUAUAAAGCCCAACUAUGGUACCAUCAAGGCCCAGGAGGAAAUGGAGAUUCAGGUAACUUUGUGCUCCAACACUGUAAAGAAGUACGAGUCAGCCCUGGUUGUGGACAUCGAGCAAGUUGGCCAAGAAGUAUUAGCGAUCCCUGUCUCAGCACGAUGUGUCGUUCCUAUUGUGGAGGUGAUUAAUUCACAUAUUGACCUUGGACGUUGCUUUCUCAAGUAUCCUUACAAAUGCUUGAUAAAACUACAUAAUACCCAGGACCUUCCAGCUUGUUAUGGUGUAGUUCCACAGGAGUUGGAUGACCAGCAAGCUGUGGUUUAUUCCAGUCCCAAGCCUUAUGGAAUUAUUGAAUCCUGUCACACUGUUGAGGUUCCUUUAUUAGUGGAACUACAGAGCCUUGGAGAACAAAGUGCAGAACUGUCUAUUGCCAUAUUUGGCCAAAGUUACCCUCCCCUUCAAGUCCACUUAACCUGCACAGGUGAGGGUCCAGUAGUCCAAGUCACUUGCACAGAGAUUGACUGGGGGAAGAUCAAUGUCCUGUCUGAUGUCCCCAAGACCUUCGGCCUGUCUAAUGAAUCCCUCGUCCCAGCCAACAUCACAGCCAAAAUGGCAAUGGAAAACUCGAAAUGGCGUUUGCUACCCAGUGAAACUGUGAUUCCCCCUCUUGGUCACGUAGAUAUGACUAUUGUGGCACAUCUUGAUGACACCAUCUGGUCUGAAGACAAGGUGAUCUUAUUAAUAGAGGACAGUCAUGCAAAAUGCAUCCAUGUGCAAGCCAAGGGCACAGGAUGUACCAUUGUAUCUAACAAACCGUUUGGACCACAUCUUAACCUUGGAUCACUAUUCAGUUCUCAAGUUUGCCACUAUUCAGUUAAACUGACAAACCGUGGACGGCGACACCAUCAAAUAUACUGGAAGACAGAAGGUUUUCCUCUCAUUUUUAAACCUUCUCCACAGAAACAGCCUAUGUCUCUUGAUAUGAAAUAUAAAAUUUCUCCCCCUCCCAAAGGGCAAUAUGUUCCCAGCUUCAGAGUCAGACCUCUGCGUAUGGACCUUGAGCCAGGUCAAAGUGCUCUUCUGGUGUUAGAAGGAGAAUCAGACAUGCCACAGGUUGUCCGUGGUCAGCUGGUGGGCAGCGCUAUCAUUGGGAAGCAGUUUGGGAAGGAGAAAAUAAAAACUGUGAACAUCCUCUGUGAAUUCAUUGGACCAAUCCUGGAGCUUUCGACAAAGCAGUUGAACUUCCGUGUAGACAAGCUCCAGCAUGAGCAGCUUGUUCCUCAGUACAAGUCUCUUGCUUUGAAGAAUGUCUCUCCAUUGUCACUGACCCUGAAUCUCAGCACAAAUGGACCAUUCACAAUCGUGGAGAAACAGAAUGAAGAGGCACUGAUCCCUUCAAAGAGUGUGAAAGUGGAUGUCGGUGAGAACCUAGAGCUGUUCAUCCAGUUUGAUCCAUCUUACAAGAAUGACUUGUACACACGUGAAGUUGAGGAGAUUCUUUCUAUACAAUACUUAGAGCACCCACAUGUGGACUAUGUGUCUUUGAGGGGAGAGGUUAACUUCCCAAAUUUGCACUUUGAAACCACUACAGUGGAUUUUGGCUGCAUCCUGAAUGAUACAGAGAUGGUACAGCAUGUGACGAUGACCAAUUGCAGCUCACUAUUAGUAAGAUAUCGUUGGUCUUUCCUUUCGGAUGAUUCGGUAUACCAACACAGCAGUUCACCUGUCUGCAGAAGAGGUACAGAAACAGAGCAGCUGAAAACAAAUGAAAGCAACAAUCGAACAAAACUCACAGAUGAAGCUUCCAUUCAGGAAUCUGCCUUGCUUACUGAGGAUGAUGACAGAACUCUUUCAAAUUAUAUAAUGAAUUUCAAUCAGGAGGAGCAGACUUAUGCUGAAAACGAAACACAGGAGGAUGUUGGAUCACCCAAAGAGAGCUCAAGUAUUAUCUCAAAUAAAGGACAAAAGGAGAGAUCAUCAAACCUGGUUGGUUCAGAGCUACUACCUGAAGACCAGACUGAAGAUAGCAAGUGUCUUCUCAGGAGCUGUAACAAAGAGCAAAAUGAUGCCGUGAUGGGUGUGGAGCAGGUAUUUGACAUCCUUCCAUUGUUUGGUGUUCUACAAGCCAAUGAAAGUCAACGAAUGACCUUUACAUUUUAUGGGCACACGAACGUCAGCAGCAAGGUGAAAGCAGUGUGUGAGGUGGAAGGUGGGCCAGUGUAUGAGAUAACCCUGAAAGGAGAGGCAUCGUUUAUCAAGUAUGAAUUUGACAGAAAAAUGAUUGACUACGGCCAUCAGUUAUUUAACCAUGAUGCUGUGACUGAAAUUACCCUGAAGAACACAGGAAAGGUUGCAUUUGACUUCACUGUUUUGAAUGCAGCACAGACAGCUGACAAAGAACCUCAGCCGGGAGUACCACUCAUUACACCUUCCAUGGGUUGCAUUGAAGCCAAUGCUGAGCAGCAGUUGCAGGUUACUUAUUUACCAGGAGUACCUGAGAUCUUUUAUAAGAGCUUCGAGAUUCAGAUUUCUCAUUUUGAACCUGACAGCAUCACCGUGAAAGGAGAGGGGACUUUCCCAAGGAUUUACCUGGACCUACCCCGAUGCAUAAAAGGAAAUGAGACAUAUGAGGCAUUCCUGAAGAAGGCAAAGGAAGCCAUAGAGACAGAGACAUCGGAGUGCAGCCUGCUCCACCGUCCUGAGACGAUAGCAGGAGAACUGGGUGCAGCCAACUCCCUCUCUUCUUAUGAUACCUUGCUGCAGAUGGAGGCUGAUCGCCUGUUAAUUAAAGAGUACAGUCUUGUCCAGGAGUCGAUUCUUUCUUCAUAUAGUGGUGUGUCUAGAGAGUGUCAGUAUCCUCGCAGCUGUCUCUCCAGAUGUCCUCUGCCUGAGUUUUUCCUGGAUUUUGGUUUUGUAAUCCUCGGCACUGUGAAGAAACAUAUUGUCAAGAUUACAAAUACAGGGUUUUUGCCAGUAUCCUUUCACACUGACCAACAUGCUCUUAAGAAUACAGGUUUCAGCACUGAGCUACAUAGAGUAAAGAAUCUGCCCUGCUGUGAAACAGAGACUUUUGAAGUGCGGUUUGAUCCCCGGAGUGCAAACCUCGGUACUGGAUACGCAAAGGCUUUGAUAUUAAUACAGGUUGUAGGUGGACCAACAGUGAAAGUCAUCUUGCAAGCUACAGUGACAGAGCCAGACCUGACUGUCUCCAGUGAGCAACUGGACUUCGGCAGCGUGCAGUGUGGGCAGUGUCAAGUUAUAACUAUUCAACUGUACAAUCGCCUGCAAGUCCCCUGUGAAUGGUCUUUUACUGAUACCAGUCUUGUGAAGCAAAAGCUUGAUAAGCAUGUUCCCCUGUACUUGCGAUCCAAACGACUGAAAGAGUUAAAGCGGCCAUCCUACGUGUUUGUCAUGCUGCCUCCUUGCGGUGUGAUCAAUGCUGGUGAGAGAGUCAAUGUGCAAGUGACAUUCACACCUACAGAGGAGAAACUUUAUAACCAUCGAUUGGUGUUGAACUUGGCACAGAGCAGUAACCGGGUGCUGAUCAUGGCCCGCGGUCAAGGGCUGGAACCUCGCCUAGACUUUUCUACCACUGUGCUGGAACUGGGCCCAAUUUUACCAUAUGGUACAGAAGCUGAGAGGACGGUGAUUGUGAAGAAUCCCUGUAGCUUCCCAAUUGAAUUCUAUUCCGUGGAAUUUGAUGAGAGGUACCUGGAGGAAGAAAAGGUUCUGAGGAUGACGAGAGGCUAUAGUUCACUUAAUACACUGUUGCUGCCACCUAGACAACCAGGCAAGAAACUUCCAAUGGAAUUAUUUGAUUACUAUAAAGAACAAAUCCUAAUGCAAGCACAGGAACAAGCAAAGAUGAAAAUCCAGGAGGGCACUGAAGGAGAAAAUGAUGUACAAGAAAGUGAAGUUGAAGAGAAGCCAUCUGAGCAGACUGAUAAGCUAGAAUGGCAAGUUACUUCAGAAAACAUCAGACAACCAAGUGAAAGUGAUGUAUCCUCAAGGCCAGCAGCUGCCUCACCUCUGGAGGAGAAAAAGGUGCCUGAAACGGAAGCAGCUGAAAAAGCCAAAGGUGAGAAGCCGGAACCUACUAUUAGUGUUGGUGUUGGAGAACUGGAAGCCACCCCUGUAUCCAUGGCUCUGGGCAGAUACCUUGGACUGGACUUGUCUCCUGAGGCAUGUGGUGCCCGGAACCGUAGAGGCAUUGCCUUCAUUGUACAUGGAACUCCUUGCUCAGGAAAAACAACAACUGCCAUCUUCCUUGCAAACCACUAUCAAGUUGCCUACUUAACCGUAGACUCCAUUGUACAGGAAGCAGUUUCAAGUGGCACCUCAUCAGUAGCUUUGCAGGCUCAGGAAUUAUAUGCCAAAGCUACUCUGGAGCAGAUGCUAAAGGAGAAUGAAGAGGCACAUCAGGAAGGAUCCACACAGCUGGGAGGCAUCAACCCUGAUGCAGUAAUCAAGCAAGCACCUAACAGCAGCCCAGUCUCUGAAGUCAAACCUGCAUCAGCAGCAGCCAAUGCCCAGACAAAGACCAGCCAAGUCACCUCAAGGACAAGCCACAUUAUACCAAAACAGCAAACUGACUACAUGACUUCACAGAUUUCCACAAACAUGCAAGUUGUACAACAGCCUGUGAGCAUCACCACCAGCCAGAUUGGAGAUGCCAAUCCAAUAAGCUUUCCGUUGCCAGAAGACAUGUUAGUGGAGCUCCUAACAGAGAGGCUACAGCUGAACGACUGUUGCCAAGGGUUUGUAUUUGAUGGACUGGAGAAUCAGCACAGUAACAACGAAACCUCUACCCUCCUAGCUGUCCUAAAAGCAAUUAACAAUCGACGCCACAUCUACUUUAUCACCCUCAGUCAGGACUAUGCAUUAAUGAAAAUCAAAAAGAAAGCCAAACUUCAAGCGGAAGAACAGUUAGCAAAGGAGGAAGCAGAGAAGGAGAGGACUUACCUGAAAGAGUUGGAUGAAGACGAAUAUGAAGCUUUGACAGAGGAACAGAGAGCAGAGUUUGAUUUUAAACGUACCAGCUUAUUCCGAGAACGGAGAGAGAAGGUUUUGAAUGAGAUUCACGAGCGACAGCUCAUGAAGCAGAAAGAGAAAGAAGUAAUGGAGAGGCUGCGGGAGGAAGAAGAACUGAAGAAAAAGUCCAAGAAGGGAAGAAAAGAAGUGAAUAUCAAGGAAGACACAAAGAAAUUGCAGAUGAGCACAAAGAUGAACACAAAUAUUACAACUGUGAAGACAGAGGCCCCUGAAACCAAAGCUGCCAGUACAGAGCAUCAUGAAUCCAUCCAAAUAGAGCAUGUGGAAACAGAAGAAGGAACCAGAAAGAGAAAGUCCAGGGAUGUUAGAAUAAGUCAAGCAUUCGGGGAAAAGUCCAAUUUAUUCCAAGAAGAUGAAGUGACUUCAAGCCCAGGCAAACAGCUUUACCUGAGAUUUCAGAAGUAUGAGCGUAAUCGGAAGAAAAUCUCCCAAAUUUUGGAAUUCUGGGACAGAGUGCAAGGAACCAUUGUUCUCCCACCAUCUGAGGAUGGCCAGAGUGCAGGAGAGGAGCAGUCCAUGGAACGGCCUGUCCCCUCCAGCAAAAAGGGAAAGAAAGAUCGACACGAGAAGCUGGAGAAAGAAAGGGCUGAGAAGGAAAGAGCAGAGAAAGAAAAGGCUGAGAAAGAACGCCUGGAAAAGCUCAGAGAGGAGAAAACUAUCAGUUCCCCACAGUCUGAUGGAGAAGCUGUGGAAAGUACAGAGAAGGAAGAAAGUAUUGGAGUGCCUCAGGUCAGGGUGUCUGCGAAUGAUCCAGAGGAAAAUAUUGGGAAAACAAUCCUAGACAGUGGCAAAAUACCAUCAGUAGAAGAGAUUCUGGACAGUUUAGGCUUGGGUCCGAGUGGCCCCCCUAUUCCACCAGCUGCCUUGUUUUCAGUGGUGAGGUACCCUGUGGAACGCAGGCCCAGUUCAGGGCAGGACGUGCUGAGCCACUUCUCGCUUUCAUCAAAGACAGAAGAACAAAAAAAUUUAUUUGAAGAUAAGAAAGAGUCUGAACUUGAGCAGGAAGUGAUGGUCCCAGUGAUUAAGGAAGAGGCAGCAGUUCAACAGAAAGGGAAAUCUAAGAAAGACAAAAUAGAGAGAGCUGAGGAUAAACGGCGACCUGGUGGUCACCGGAAGGGCCGGCGUGAUUCUCGCUCCUCCAUUGUUGGUGCACCAUCACCUCUGUCGGACGUUGACCACAGCAGUGGGUUUGAAGAAACAGCCAAAGAGGAGACCACAGCAGUCCGAGCCCCUCCUUACCGCUGGAUCGUGCAACCUGGUGAGGAGGUUGCCUUACAAGUGAAUUUCAGUUCAGUGGAAUGUGGGACAUUUGACCAAACUCUGAACUUUGAACUUCUGGGAACACAAAGGUGCUACAAGCUGUACUGCAGAGGAAUCUGUACCUUCCCAACUAUAAGCCAGGAUCCCAGAGUGGUGUUCAGACAUCGGAUAAAGAGUUUGAAACAGCAGGAAAUCCCUCGGAAGAAGUACGUUAUGAGCACAGGGGUGUUUCAGUUUGGAGCAUUGCUCUGUGGAAUCACUAGGGAAAGGUACAAGGAGGGCCAACAUCCAGAAAACAGGGAGAUUAUCAAAGUUGUGAAUACGUCAUCAAUGGAAGCUGAAGUUUUCUUCUGUUAUCAGCAUGAUAUUAAAGCUGCCACCUACCUCGUAGAUCCACCAAGUCUGACACUCGCAGCUCAUCAAGAAAGGGACAUCACGAUCUGGGCCUAUCCAACCAGCCCUGGGAAAUUUGAUGACAGUCUUGUCUGUUGUAUACGAGAAAAUCCCGAACCGGUCCUCUUUAAGGUUUCCUGUUAUGGAGUCCGUGCGGAGCUGGAGGUUGACCGCAAACAGCUGCACUUUGACAAAAUUAUUCUUCACAGGAAAGACACGAAGAGCCUCGUCAUGCGGAACAUUUGCCUUUUGCCAGUGGCCUGGAGAAUCACUGGGCUGGAGAAUUUGGGUGAUGACUUUUCUCUAUCUCACGACCAGGGAGUCAUCGAACCCAAAGCUGAAUUUUGUGUGCAUAUGCAUUUCAGAGCCACAAGACAGAUGAAUCUACGGAAAUACAUUCGACUGGAGGUCUACGACGCAGAGAACAUUAUCGGCAUUGUUCAGACAGAAAAUAUCCUGGUCCUUGCAGAAGCUUAUGAUGUGGCACUGGACAUCACUUUCCCUAAAGGUACAGAUGGCGGGAUUGAUUUUGGUAUCAUCAAAGUGAAUGACACUGUGAAACAGACCAUCACCUUGAAGAACAAAGGCAAAUAUGAGAUUGGUUACAAAUUUCAUCUACAACCAACAAAAUGUGACAUGCCGGAUCUGAAUUCCCUGUUCAGUAUUCAGCCAAUAAAAGGCUCUCUGUCUCCCAAUGAUCGUCCCAGUCACAUCUACAUCAACUUCCACAGCAACGUCAGCACUGAGAUCAAGGAUGAGCCCGUUCUCCGCUGCCAGGUGAUUGAACCCACCCUGGGUGAAGGAGGAGAAAUCAUUGCCAGUAUUCCAGUGAAAAUCUCCAUCCAUGCUGUCUUCAGUACCUACCAGAUCCUACCUGCCAAAGAGGUUAACUUUGGCACAGUGCUGGUGGGAGGCCGCAGAAGCCGGACCUUCAUACUUGAGAACACUGGAGAAUUUGACUUCAAAUACUUUAUCUUCAAAAUGCCUGCCAUGCCAUCACAUCAGUCAAAGAAGAAUACCAGCGUCUUAAAGUCUGGAAAGGCCAACGACAGAUCAAGCUCAGUGCGAUCCAACGUAAUGCUGAAACAGAAAGAACAAACAGCUCAGGCACGUUUGACUAUUGGAAUGUUCACUGUCUUCCCUGGUUAUGGUGUGGUGUCUCCUGGAGCCCAGCAGACCAUCACAGUGGAAUGCUCUGGAGAUCAGAUUGGGAAGCAUGAAGAGCUCUUGAGUAUUGAUGUUACUGACCGGGAUCCAAAAGACAAUCCCUCUGGUAUUCCUUACUGGUUGGUCAUCGAAUGCUGUGCACCAAGUAUUGUGGUGGAUGAUAUUCGUUCCAUCUUUGAGGAGCAUUUUAUUUGUCAGAACAUCAACCUCCACCAGUGCUUACAGAUUGUGGAGACCAGUGGAAUCUAUGUAGAGGAUGAGAAGAAAUUCCUCUUUCAUAAUGUACAUGUUGGCGAUCAGGCUGAAGCCCGCUUGAAGAUUAUCAAUGUGGGCAAAGUAUCUGCUGAUGUGGUGGUGUCUGUCAAGCCAAUUUCUAAUAAGAUCACAGCCCGCAUUGUUGACAUAUUUGAUGUGGAGCCAAUCCGGAUGAACGUCCCCAGUUAUGGUCAUAAAUUUGUAACCAUCAGGUUCAGCCCUCAGACAAUGCAGAAUUACCACUGCAUAUUCGAAGCCAUGGUGGAAGCAGCUGCUGGUAUUCCUAAAGGCAAAUCCCUGCUGUUUGAUAUUGUCGGAGAAGGCAACCUGCCAAGAAUUAAUAUCCUUCGUCCACUUCUGCGUAAUAAGAUAGGGAAUCCUUUGCUUAUAUACUCACGUUUACUGCUGGGUCAGACAGAGAAGCUGCCUGUUGUCUUGAAAAAUGAUGGUACCUUACCCGCACAGGUAUCGAUCAAUCUUUCCGAUGACUGUGGAGUGUUUUCUCUGAAGCAAUGCAUUGGUACUAAAUGUCUCUAUCCUAAGGAAAGUCACAUCAAAGAAGAGGACCCAAGCAGAGUAAGGGAAAGUUGCAUGCUCACUAUCAAACUUAACAGUGGAGAAGAAGCAAUGUUUGAUGUUGCCUUCAAACCAACCAUGGCUCAACGUUUCGAUGGAACACUCUAUCUCACUAUAUUCAAUAACCAAUAUGAGGAUACCAUUAUACAUCUGGUUGGUGAGGGUUACCAAGAUGAUGUCACUCUGGACAACAUCCACGGACUAUUGCAAAGUGGUGAGGAAGAAAACAUCACUAGUUUUCUGGAAGACAAAGAGAUUGAAGCAACACACUUGAACCACAUUCAGUUUGGAGACUGCCACAUCAGCAAGCCUUAUCAGGUGACUUUCACAAUGACCAAUCGAAGUGCAACAGAUGUGGUCCGAUUUCACUGGUUCUCAGACAUCAAAGAACUUAAGAUCUCUCCACAGUUUGGCCAUCUGCAUGCUGGAUGUGCAAAGGAUAUGACUGUGACAUUAAAGUCUGACCUACCAAUUACGUACAACAGUCAAGCUGUAAAAUGCAUGAUGUCGAAGAUUAUCUUCCCAGUGCCUGUUGAUCAGGUUCCAGAUUGGGAUAAUCGUCUCAGUGUCGUGAAGUGGAUUGAUGCUGGCACUGGGGUACGACCUGCCAAGAAGAAGGUGGUGGAGAUUGAUCCAGAACCUGUCCAUAGUGUUUUAGAAGACAGUACCCAGGAGCUGGAACUGAAGAUCAGUGCCAUGGUGGAUUACAGUAACUUUGAAUGUCUUUGUGAUAGCAUUAUCUUCAAGGAUACACUACUGCACCAGAGUCGAAUCUAUGUAAUCGUGCUGGCUAACAAAGGUGCCGGAGCACUGGAGUACUCCUGGAAGGUGCUGAUUAAUGGACAUGGUGGAGGAGAGAACAUUCAAGCAGCUACGUCGGUUCUUGGCACAGAUACACUGACGGGGGAGGAAUAUGGAGUAGCUUCAAUGAGUUCAUUGAUUGCUGAUCCACUGACCAAGUCCAUUCAGGCCGUGAGCAGGGCCAGCACUGCUGCCGAAAGCCCUUCCACUCGGGCUCCUGCGGAUCUUGACAAUGCACCCUUCACAGUGGAGCCACCUAGUGGAACAAUUGCAGCAACAGGGGCACAAGAAUUCACAGUCAAGUUUGCACCAUUGGAUGUUGGCGAAUUUGAGGCAUUGCUCAUCUGCAGAAUCCCAAACUUAAAGACGAACUCACAAGGUCAUGAAAUAGCCGUGCAAGGCCGCAGUCUCCUACCAUACUGCCAUUUUGAGCUGGAAGACUCCAAUUACCUCAGCAGCCACAGGCGCAAACCUGAAUUAAGUGGCCCAUGGAAUACCCAUCCAGGGAUACCUCUUGACCCCAACACACGUGUAAUCGAGUUUCAAACCGUGGGACUCAACACAGUCAUUAAGAGAUCCUUCUAUAUAAUGAACCCAACAAACAUAGACUACUCCUUCCAGUGGAUGUAUGAGAAUGUGCCAGUUGUACAAGUAGAACCAUCAUUCAGCUGUCUGACAGAAACGGGGUUUAUCUUAGCCGGGAAGAAGACGGAGGUCACCUUUGAGUUUGUGUCUCAGCAACUGGGCAUCACUGAAUCAUUCUGGAGCUUCAAGAUUCCCCAACUCAACAUCUCAGUGCCUUUCUUGCUAUGUGGCGAUGCCAGUGAGCCCGCAGUCUCGUUUGAUCGCUCCCAUGUCAACUACAAAUGUGUCUUGUUAGGCCAGAAAGCGCGUAAGACUGCCUACUUGAUCAAUAAUGAAGCCACUCCGUUCAGCUUCCAUUUCAAGGAGGUCACAGCCCACUCAGAAGGAUAUGGGUGCCGCCUUGUUAUCGAGCCAAUGGAGGGGAUUGUUCUCCCUCACAGCAGAUUACCCGUCGUUUUCUCCUGCUCUGCAACCGCUGAGGGAGAGGUGAACUUCAAUGUCGUAUGUGAUGUGAAGACAAAGGUGGCACCCCUGAACUUAAAUGUAAAGAUGCAUGUUUACAGCAUGAAUGUUGUAGUGAAGUGUGAAGCCAGUGAUGGGACUGUGACUGAACUCAAUCAACAGAGUGUCAAUGAGAUUGCUUUUGGAGAGGUGGAACUGAAUGACCGCAUCUGCUAUUACUUCAUCAUUGCAAAUAAUGGGGAUCUUAACUUUGACUUUGAAUGGGAGCUUUCAGGACCCCCGAGAUCUCUCAGCUGUUUCAAACUAACUUGCAAGGAAAGAAGUGUUGAAGCAGGAAAUAGUGUCUCAUCAAAGUUCGAGUUCCAGCCAGAUCACAAAUUGCUGCUUGAGGACGUGAAGCUAACACUGCAGAUACUGAAAGGUCCUCGUUUUGCCUGUGUGCUCACUGGGUACACAGUGUCUCCAAGCAUCCACUUGUCUUUUACAACAUGUGAUUUUGGGGUGUGUUUCAUCUAUAAUGCUGGCAUGACACCUCAUAAGAAAAUCCUGAUCAUCACCAAUAAACAGGAGCAACCAGUCAGCCUGGAGUGCUUGUUCCCCACUACCUCCUACCUGGAGGUAAAAUUCCAGCCCUGCACUCUGGCACCAAAGAAAAGUGUGCAAGCUGUCAUUACCUUCUACCCGAGAGAGCCAAUCAGGUACAAGGAAAAGGUCACCUUUGCGAUGAAUGGACUCAGCUACCAAAAUGUCCAGAUCCUUGGCCAAGGGACAGAGAUGAAGGUUGAAGUUGCCAUUCCCAAGAACAAGGUGGUUUAUUUACAGCCUCUGAGGGUUGGACAGACUGUGAGGAAAAUCGUGCCGAUAAUCAACAGGAGCCUGGCACCUGUGAAUUUCAUUCUCUCCAUGACUCCUAACCAACAACUUCUUCAGAACACCAAGGUUCUAAGCCUAUCACCAAAAGAUAAGAUCACGCUGAAAGCACAGGGGGGCUCCUGCAAUGUUGCAGUCACCUUCUCCCCAGUCUGCCGGAUUCCCGAGUUUGCCGAAGAAGUGAGAAUGGAGUUGCCAGGUGUUUCCAAGGCUCUCUUUGUGAUCCGAGGAUGCUGCCAGGCAACCGAGAUCGUACUGGACCAGGACUGCAUCACAUUUGGGGCCGUGAUCCUCCGCAGCAAGGCAACCCGGCUGGUCAUGUUGAAGAACAUUGGCGAUAUUGGUGCCAGCUUUAGGUGGGAAAUUGAAAAAAUUAAGCCACACUUCUCAAUCAGCCCUGUGGAGGGUUAUCUGUCGCCAGGAAUGGAGGUGUCCUUGCAGGUGGAAUUCCAUCCUGUCGCUGUGAACACAGACAUUCGUGUGCAAGACCUGAACUGCUUCAUUGAAAGAGCCAAAUCCCUCCAAAUCCACCUAACAGGAUCAUGUGUGCCGGCAUCAGCCAUGAAAGAGGUGAUCAGUUUCAUUUGCAAUGUUCGGACUAAACAGACACAUGCCAUUCAGCUGACAAACCGCACCAACCAGAUCUGGAACCUGUGGCCAAUAAUUGAAGGAGAAUAUUGGAUGGGAGCAAAGAAUAUAAUCGUGCAGCCUCAUCAGCAGAACCAUCCGUAUGAGAUUACAUACAGGCCAUUGACAAUGUCUCUCGAUGGCAAGAAACAUCAGGGCUCAAUCUUCUUCCCAUUGCCGGAUGGUGCAGGACUGCUCUACAUGUUACAAGGAGUAGCUGAACCACCGAAGGCUGUUGCAGUCAUCAACCGUGAGGUCCCUUGCAAGACCUCGCACACAGUUAUAUUCUCCAUCAGCAAUUGGCUGCACAGUGCUCAACGGUUCCGAGCCAUCACAGAGCUGAUCAAGCCGGAAUGGUUGGAGAACACCACCACGUUGAAAGGCCUGGACUAUGUAGAUGUUCCUGGAUCUUCCCAGCGGGACUACAGGCUCAACUUCUACAGUUACAAGGAGACAAACAUCUCAGUGAAGAUGAUCUUCCGUAAUGAGACCACUCUUGAAUAUCUGUUCUACAUUCUAAACAUUAAGUCGACACCUCCUGGGAUAAUCAGCACCAUUGAGUUGACGGCGCCAGUUCGUCAGAGUACCUCCGGCAUGGUGGAAGUUGAAAACCCACUCACUGUCCCAACUGUAUUCAGCACCGAGUGUAAACUGACGGACAUCAUUCUCCCAGCACAACUGAUAGUCCCACCACAGGCCAAGGGUGUACUGACCUUUGAAUACCAGCCCCUGAGAGAGGGUGAAAGCAGCGGCCGCCUCACAUUGAACAACAAUGAGCUGGGAACCUUCCAGUAUGAAUUGGUGUUGAGAGCGGGGCCCGCUGGGCACGAGAGGCCUGUGUACUUCCGUACCACCCUUGGCAGUUGCCAGGUCCUUGGCGCCAAGUUUACCAACCUCUCCCGUCAGAAGCUUGAGUACCAUUGCAAGGUUGACAAUGCCGAAUUCCUGGUGGACAAGAGUAUCACCGUCCACCCAGCCUCCCCAGGAGGCUCAGAAGUGAGUGUGGACGUGACCUAUGAGCCUCUGCAACUCGGUGAAUCCAGAGCCACUCUCAACAUUGUCUCUCCCAUUGGGGGCAAGUACAGCAUACCCUUGUUUGGCUUCUGCCUUCCCGCCAAACCUCAGGGCCCCUUCACUAUUCGAGCCGGUUCCACCACUUCCAUCCCAUUUAAGAACAUCUUUCCGCAGGUCAAGACCUUCUCCUUCCAGCCGGACAAUCCAAUGUUUGCCUGCAAGUCCACAGAGACACUUCGGCCGAAGAAAAGCCACUUUGUGACUGUCAGCUUUGAAGCAAGCGCUAACACUCCAAGAUCACCCGUCAUCGGCAAGUUGGUGGUGUCCUGUCCGCAGUCAGAGGGGACGUCCACUGUGAUAUCCUGGAUCUAUUACCUAAAGGGAGUUAAUCCAGAUAAAUGAGAGGGGACACCUCUCAUUGAUCUCCAAUUUAAAGCUCAGAUUGGAUCGAAUUCUUCUCAGUGCAAAGUUAUCAUUGAGACUGUUCUUAUUGCAAUGUGUGUAUGGUUAGUCAAUCUCAUGAGCCAUCGCAAUGUCACUAAUAAGCACCAAAGCUUGAAAUGAUCUGGGUCAUUUUAGCCCUAUGUCACGAUUAACUGGCUGCAUAUAUUCUUGCUUAUCAUUCACAUCUAAAGGCAUCAUACCUUCAGCAAAAGAGAUGUCAUUAAGUUAUCAUUAAACUUUAUUAACAGGCCAUACUACCAAACAUGUUGCUUUUUAUUUUUAUAAUUCAAUUCAGCUUUAGCUCAAAAAAAACUUUUAUUAUUGUCUCAUCAUUUCUCUCUCUAAGCCUUACCACCUACCGCUGAGCCAACAAGUAGUCACCAUCUUCUCCAUUUUGGCUGGAGUUCUAGGUCCAGGCCCCAUCUGUUCUGGCUCCUUUCCUUUCAACGUCAGAUAAUCAGAUUUCUCUAAUGUUUUCAAGUAAUUUUUUCCUUAUUUUCUCCAGUGACGUGACAAUAUGCAUCAAUAAUAAACAUCUAUCCUUCUUGCUUAGUUUGGAUCGAUAAUCUGUCAUUUUAAAUGCAUGCAAUAAAUAAAAUAGUAUUGGAUUGCU